AUGACGCCCAAAAAAUCUCCAAAGGAAACUGUCCUCAUUACAGGAGGAGGUGGCUAUUUUGGUUUCCGCCUGGGCUGUGCUCUGAACCAGAAAGGAUUCCACGUGAUUCUGUUUGAUAUCAGCAGCCCCACUCAUUCUAUUCCAGAAGGAAUCGAGUUCAUCCGUGGAGACAUUCGCCACCUCUCUGAUGUGGAGAAAGCCUUCCAGGAUGCAGAUGUCACGUGUGUGUUCCAUAUUGCCUCUUACGGCAUGUCAGGGCGGGAGCAACUGAAUCGAAGCCUGAUAGAAGAAGUCAAUGUCGGGGGCACAGACAACAUCCUCCAGGUUUGCAGGAGGAGAGGGGUGCCAAGAUUAGUUUAUACUAGUACUUUCAAUGUCAUCUUUGGAGGUCAAGUCAUCAGAAAUGGAGAUGAAUCUCUGCCUUACCUACCUCUUCACCUCCAUCCCGAUCACUACUCUCGGACGAAAUCUAUUGCAGAGAAGAAGGUGCUGGAGGCCAGUGGUACCACCCUGCUGAGAAGUGAUGGUGUCUUAAGAACCUGUGCUCUGAGACCAGCUGGCAUAUAUGGGCCUGGAGAGCAAAGGCACCUUCCCAGGAUAGUGAGCUACAUUGAGAGGGGUCUGUUCAAGUUUGUGUAUGGGGAUCCUAGGAGCCUGGUGGAAUUUGUCCACGUGGAUAACUUGGUACAGGCUCACAUUCUGGCCUCCGAGGCUCUGAAAGCUGACAAAGGUCACAUUGCCUCUGGGCAACCCUACUUCAUCUCAGAUGGCAGACCUGUGAACAACUUUGAGUUCUUCCGGCCUUUGGUUGAGGGCCUGGGCUACACAUUCCCGUCUGUCCGCGUGCCGUUGACCCUCAUCUACUGCUUUGCUUUCCUAACAGAAAUGGUUCACUUCAUUUUAGGGCGACUCUAUAAUUUCCAGCCCUUCCUCACCCGCACAGAAGUUUACAAAACUGGCGUCACCCAUUACUUCAGCCUAGACAAGGCCAAGAAAGAGCUAGGUUAUGAGGCUCAGCCAUUUGACCUCCAGGACGUAGUCGAUUGGUUUAAGGCACAUGGUCAUGGCAGAAGUUCUGGAAAUCGUGACUCUGAAUGUCUUGUUUGGGAUGGGCUGAUGGUCUUUCUCUUGGCCAUGGCAGUUCUCACAUGGCUGCCUCCUUCUGCGGUUCUGUCACUAUGAGGGAACUAGAAAUAAGGAGCUGAUCACACUUGCUGAGAUGGUUUUCAAGAAAUACAGGUUUAAAAUCACUAUAUAGGGGCACCUGGGUGGCUCAGUUGGUGAAGCAUCUGCCUUUGGCUCGGGUCAUGAUCCUGGGGUCCCGGGAUCGAGUCCCGUAUGGGGCUCCCAGCUCAGUAGGGAGUCUGCUGCUUCCUCUCCUCCCCACUUGUGCUCUCUCUCUCACUAUCUCUGGUGCUAUCUCUGUCUCUCUCAAAUAAGAUCUUCAAAAAAAUAAAAUUUCUAUCUAGAUCUAAAUAUAUCUAUAUAUAGAUUUCAAAUAGAAAUAGAUACGUGGUAGUGAGUUUUGGCUCUUCAAAU